UACAAGUCUCUUUCUUCCUGGUAUCAUUUUAAACGAGUGCAAAGAAAGGAAGAGGCAGACACCUAACACUUCUACUGAAUACCUGCUGCUAAAGAGGGAGAGAAAAGUUAUUCUGAAUGGCUUCUGUGGGAAUGCAGAUUUUGGGCAUAGCCCUGGCUGUAGUUGGAUGGCUCGGAACAGCUCUGAGCUGUGGUCUACCCAUGUGGAGGGUUACUGCUUUCAUUGGCAACAACAUUGUGGUGGCCCAAAUCAUCUGGGAGGGUCUGUGGAUGAAUUGUGUAGUACAGAGCACAGGACAGAUGCAGUGUAAGGUUUAUGACUCCUUGCUGGCUCUCCCACAGGACCUGCAGGCGGCACGUGCUCUUGUUGUCAUUUCCAUUGUGGUGGCUGUCCUUGGUCUGCUAAUGUCCAUCGUUGGUGGCAAAUGUACUAACUGCGUAGAAGAGGAAGGCACAAAAGCAAAAAUCUCCAUUGUCUCUGGGAUUAUCUUCAUUCUUGCUGGCAUCCUAAUCCUGAUUCCUGUAAGCUGGUCAGCCAAUACCAUCAUCCGUGAUUUCUACAACCCCUUGGUGACAGACGCUCAAAGACGAGAGCUUGGGGCAUCCCUCUACAUUGGCUGGGCAGCUGCUGCCCUCCUGAUCCUUGGUGGAGCUCUUCUCUGUUGCAACUGCCCUCCCAAGGAUGACAAGCCAUACACGGCAAAAUAUUCUGCUGCAAAGUCCACAGCAGCUAGUCAGCAGUACGUUUAAGAACCAGCCUCUGGAAUAGGAAAGUGACUUCUGCUUCCUGCCUGAAGACAUUCUGAAAUGUUUUAGUGGAACUUUCCAAAUGGAUUGUCUCUUCAAACUGAUAACUUCAGAUACUUGACUUGUGUUUCUACAAUAUUUACCUGUAAUGUGUUCCUGUGUUUCCUGCAUUUGCUUUUGUGGUAACUAAGUACAACAGAGUGAACAUUUGGAUAACGCAGUGAAAUUUUCAUAUCUGUAGGGCAGUUACUCUUGCAAAAUAUUCAUGCACCAAGUUAAGCAAUAUACUGUGUUAAUAUUGUUUGAACUUUUAAUAUAUUUAGAACAGGUGCCAUGGUAUUUAAAUGACAGGGAAACCGCUGCUUCUGAUUUUCCUCUUUCAGGUUUUUUUAGUAACACAAUGUGAAAAUGUAUGCAUAAAUUGGUUAUUACAGAUGUUUUUUAGUUUAUUUUUUCCUUUGUGUAUACAUUUGUUUAAUACUGGACAGAGAUGGCAAAAGUUAUGCAACCUAUCAGUUCUGUCACAUAUGCAUCUACCCUAGAGCUAUACAAGUAGAGGAACUUCUCAAAUCCUGGUGGAUAACAGGUGUAAAAGUAGCUCAGCUUGUUAUUCUAGUAAAUAUUUCUUAUUAGAACACAAUGCAUUCUUUUGAAAAUCCUCUGCUGUAACUUGUUUUUCUUCCUAAAUCUUCUUUGUUGUUCAGAAAGGGAAAAUAAUAGAUGCUGUAAUGAUAGUACAUGCAUGUAAUAAAGUUAAAAACUGCAUUGUUAACAUUUGUCUGUAACUGUUGAGCACUGUGUUUGUUUUCAACUCUGCAUGCAAGCAUUAGACAAAGCUACUUGAUCCAGACUUUUAUUUUAAUAUAAAUGUAACAAAUUUGAUGAGCAGAUGAAGCAAAGCAAUUAUAACAAAAUGUUGUGCUUUUCAAAGUUUUUGAGAUAUGGUUGGUUGUGGGGGGGGGGGGGUAUCUCUGCACACUUAAUCUGCUUAGUCCAGAUUGUUACUGCAUUAGUUUCUGGUCAUUCCACCCUCCAACUCCAGUCAUAAGGAACAUGCUUGUGUGUUUUGUAAAUAUUUUAGUUAAGCUAUGCAAUCCAAAAUAAAAUGACAUCCUUUUUUAAUAAAA